AGGCAGGAAUUUCCAAGUCACGGCAUUUGUCAGCAAUCACCCAGGCUCACCACCGCAGAGCCCUAGAUGCUUGUCCAGCAGCAUUCCGACAACCAACGCACCCUCUCCUGCUUGUACCCUAAGCUGUAGCGUCCGUGGUAGCCUCUCCUGCGGUUGCUGGUUGUGCUAUCUGUACAGGCGUCCGAGCAGCCCUCUUCAGUAAGGAGCUGAGCCGCACACGAGUGGCGACUGUUAACCAGUAACUCGUCUGGUAGCCACCUUCACUGCCGAGCUGAUAGCAGGUGCUCUCAGCUGUCCGUGCAGCCUGUCCGUCCCUGCUAGCUCGCAUACGCGCUAUACGCGCUACACGCGCUCCCAUUACCGACCCCCAUGAAUCCCGCCACCACCACCACCACCACCACCACCACCACCACCACCACCAGCAGUCCCAGCGAGGCGCGUCCCUGCCACUCCCAAUAUCCUCCUCACCAGUGCCAUCCCCAUCAGUGCCGUCCGCACCCUCCCCCGCGGCCGUCGUACCCGCCUGAUCCGCGCGCGUUCGACUUCUCGUUCGCCUUCAACAACCCCCACUUCAGCGACCGAUGCCUCGCCCUCCAGAUCGUCCCCCACGAGGACGAGGACCAGGAGGGCCGGCACGAGCACCAGUGCCAGCGAGACAACGACGGAAAGCGGCACGGGCACGAGUGCGAGGAUGGUCCCCAGGCGCAUCAGAACGGCUGCAGCGACCGGUUGGAAAGUCACCAGCUGGAUGCCUCUGAUUCCGGCAGAACGGACGGCGCGGACGCCGCUGCAACUCCAUCAGCCGGUGCGGUUGCUGACGUGGCGCCGCAGCUCGUUGGCGGUGCUGUGCUGGGUCGUCUCGAUCCCCGAGAGGAGCCGUCCAACGUGGCACCGCGUCUCGAUCCCCUUGCAUUAUCUGUCCGCCUGUCAAUCCCUCGUGGUGACGCGCGCAUGGGAGAGAUGGGCUGCAUGGAGUGCCGGGAAUGCGCGGGCCGUAUGCAAGCAGGCGGUGCAGCAGCAGGCGCAGACAGAGCAGGAGUGGCAGCAGGAGUGGCAGCAGGAGGAGGACGAGCAGCAGAGGGAGACGCAGCAGGGGCAGUGGACACUGCAGCAGCAGCAGCAGCAGCUGGUGCAGGUGGUGCAGAUGCGAGUGGCACCAGCACUAGUGCCAGCAGCAGUGGAGAGCGGGUGGUUCAAGUGCACGUCAUAUCCGCCAUCCUCGUGUCGCAGUCCGACUUCUUCAAAUCGCUCUUCUCACUGCAGUGGCGCCCCCCUCCCGUGCAUCCCCCCCCUGCUGCUGGUGCUGCUGGUGCUGCUGGUGCUGCUGGUGUUGCUGGUGCAGCUGCCACGGGUUCUCGUCCCGUGACCAUCCGACUGGCACCUGAAGAGGAGCACCCCUUCAUGCAGCUGCUACAGUACAUGUACACAGGGCGGCUGGGCUCCGAUGAUCCCGAGGCUGUGCUGCACUUGCUGCUGCUGGCCAACAAGUACUCCGUGCAGUCGUGCGUUGACGUGUGCGCGCACCACUUAAGGGAGGUGCCUCUAUCGCUCGACAUGGCCUGCAUUCUCCUCAGCGUGUGCUCCAACGUCGUCCUCUCCGAUGCUGCCUCGUUUCUCAUCGCCUCAUCUGCAGCCUUCCUAGUGCGGCACUUCAACGCCCUAGACACCACCUGGCAGACCCCCGAGUUCCUCUCCCUGCCUCUGGAGGCCCUGCAAGCGCUGCUGGGGAGCGACGAGGUGUGCGUGCAAGCGGAGGAGACGGUUUUUGAAGCGUGCCUGCACUGGGUGCGGCGCCACUGGCCGGAGGAUCUGAACACACGCAAGGAGAUGAUGGCCCGGUUGGCUGACAGCAUUCGCUUCCCAGCCAUGGCAACAGACGCCCUCCAUGACCUGGUCACUACCUCCCCAGAAGCCGACUCCCCAACAAUCCACGCCCUGGUCACCGAGGCCCUCUGGUUCAAGUGCUCCUCGUUUGACCGCCAGCAGCACCUCAUCCUCGACUCGCUCAAGCACCACCACCACCACCACCGGCGCUACCAGCGCCGUCGCCAGCUGUCGGUGUACAGUGAGGUGCUGCUGCAGGACUGCUACAUGCUGCAGCCGGGGCAGGCCAUUCUGCUGGCAGGAGGGGCAUGGGUGCACGGCAAGCUCUUCUCGCUCAAGGUCAUGAGGGUAGCAGCGCCUGUUGGGGGAUCAGACUUUGGCCUCUUCCUCCAGGCCUCCCAGCGGAGCCCAACCCAUGACAAGGUGUUGGACGACAGCGUGACAAUAGAGUUCACCUUCUUGGUGAAGGAGCACCCGUCGGGGCAGUUCGUGCAGCAGAAGCAGACGGCCUCGCACACCUUCAAGGGGCUGUUCCGCGAGCGAGGGUACCGCAGCCUCUUGAAUCCUUGGAACGAGGUCAUGAAGGACAAUGGCCGGUACUUCCGAGGUGGGGUCAUGCAGCUCAGGGCGGACCUGAGGAUUAUACAGCUGGGGGAGGGGCUUGCCCCUUUUGAAUGAGGAGGAGCGCUGGGAGGGGGGGGGGGGGGCUGCAGUUGGCUGAAACCGUGGGGCAAGGUCAUACUCAACGUCAAACAUACCUCCACAGGACUAAGGCCCGCCCAGUGUCCACGCAUCGCGGUUCUGCUGCUGUAUCCCCUGUUUGUGCAACCCUCGUUGCUGUAUACAAGUACCUACCUACACCUUGAUGCUUGUACAGAACGGGAAUGGCUCAAACAGAAAGGCAAGGCAAGGUUCUGCCAAACAGUCACACCACCACCUUGUGUACCUGAUACCAGCAUUGGAGGAAUGAAAAGAAUCAUUUGGG